CCUGGCAGAAUGGCUCCCACAAAGAAGGGUGGCGAGAAGAAGAAGGGCUGUUCUUCCAUCAACAAGGUGAUGACCCGAGAAUACACCAUCAACAUUCACAAGCGCAUCCAUGGAGUGGGCUUCAAGAAGUGUGCUCCUCGGGCAUUCAAAGAAAUUCAGAAAUUUGCCAUGAAGGAGAUGGGGACUCCAGAUGUGCGCAUAGACACCAGGCUCAAUAAAGGUGUCUGGGCCAAAGGAAUAAGGAAUGUUCCGUACCGCAUCCGAGUGCGUUUGUCCAGAAAGCGUAAUGAAGAUGAGGAUUCACCAAACAAGCUCUACACACUGGUAACUUACGUGCCUGUUACCACAUUCAAAAAUCUACAGAUGGUCAAUAUGGAUGAGAACUAACUGCUGAAUGUCAAAUAAAGUUACAGAACUGCCAAAAAAAAAAA